AUGAUUGUUAGGAACCUUACCACAGACCAACAUGCUCUUCUCGAAUUUAAGCAUCAAAUCAUUGAUCCUCACAACAUCUUAGCCAACAACUGGACCAUCACUACCUCUGUUUGCAAUUGGGUUGGUGUCUCUUGCGCAUCUAAGCAUAGGAGAGUCAGCGCAUUAAAUCUUCCCAACAUGAAUCUCACAGGAACUGUCCUUCCACAAUUGGGAAAUCUCUCGUUUUUAGUAUCUCUUGAUUUGAGUCAUAACAAUUUCCAUGGCCAUUUACCGAGAGAGUUGGGGCAAUUAAGUCGUCUGACAUUCAUUGAUUUAAGCUUCAAUUUUCUUAGUGGGGAAAUUCCUUCAUGGUUUGGGAGAUUAAAAAAAGUAUUAUACUUGAGUCUCCGGAACAACAAUUUAACAGGUACAAUUCCUCAGUCACUAGCUAAAAUUUCCAACUUGGAGAUCUUGGAUUUGAGGUACAAUCUCGUUCAAGGACACAUUCCACCCGAGAUAAGUGAUCUUCGAAAUCUAACAAUACUUCGUCUGGCAGUUAAUCAACUUUCUGGCUCCGUACCUUCAGCUAUUUAUAACAUUUCCUCCCUACAUAUGAUUUCUCUUUCAUUCAACAAUCUAUCUGGCAGUUUACCUGAAGAUAUAUGUCGCCAUCUUCCCAAUCUUGAGGCACUUUACUUGGGCUCAAAUGAGUUUUCUGAUUCAGUGGCACCAUUCCAAGGAGUAUUGGAAAUUUAA